AUGCACAGCAAGGAAGUUGAAUACUUUGCUAAGCAGGAUCUACAUUUUGAAAAGAUCAUCGCAAAGGGCGGGUAUGGAACGAUCUUUUACGUGUAUAAUAAGCAAUAUUGCAAUCAUUUUGCUCUUAAAAAAAUUCCCAAAGAAUUAUUUAACCAAUCAGAGAUUGACUGUUUACUUCGUCUUGAUGAUGCAAGAAUAGUAAGUCUCUACAAGUAUUAUCAUUUUCAUGAUCAUGUUUACAUGCUUAUGGAAUACUGCCCUUCAGAUCUUCAAAAAAUUAUAAAACAAAAGACUAAAGUUGAUAGAGAAGAAUAUAUCAAAAUAGUUUAUGAUACAAUUGCUGCAGUUAAAGCAUGUCAUGACAGAAAUAUUGCUCAUAGCGACAUAAAACCAUCGAAUUUUAUGAUUGAUCAGUAUGGAAGAGUCAAAAUUGGUGAUUUUGGGUUAUCAGCUAUUUACUCUCAGCAUCCAACUUCUGGAGAUUUUAAAGGUACAAGAUUAUUUAUGGCACCAGAAAUUUUCCAUUAUGAGAAAUACAAUCCGAUGGUAGCAGAUAUAUGGGCUUUAGGCGUUACUCUUUAUUAUUUUGCAACAGAAAAAUAUCCAUUUUUCUGUCAAGAUGUUGAUGGUUUGAUUCAUCGAAUCAAAAGCGGACAGUUUAAUGAAUUACUCGUUCGAGAUGAACAAUUGCGCGAUAUAAUUAAAAGGUGCUUAGAUCCAAACCCAAGAAAUAGACCUACUUGUGCUCAAUUACUCGAUAUGCCAUUUUUCAAGACAGAGCCACAAGGUGAAGAAUUAAAAGAGAAUGUCAAACUCAAUAGACUUGAUGUUUUUACUCGUUCUCAGAACCUUAUUGUUAAACCAAAAAUUAACAAACCGAAGAAUCCAUUAAUGAUUCAAGCAGGUAGGAUUUAUAAGAAUGCAAGUACCCUUCGCCUCCAAAUGAUUAUUCCACCACCUCCACCAGACUCAAUAUAA